AUGGUAGACAGAGUCUGGGCUCGCUAUUUCAUGAUAGAUCUCAAAAGUCCGAUCCAACAAUCUCCCAUCGAGUCGAUUUACGAAGGUGCUGAGGUCUUUGAAUAUCGAUUGUUUCCAUUGGACAAGGAUCUUCGUCCAAUAAAACGAUUCGACGAGCCAGACUCGACCAAACGGUCUUUGCCACUCAAUGCUGACCCCACCGAGCAGAACUCUACCCACCAUUCAUAUCCAUUUGACAGUCUACCGAUCCUCGUUUCCAGUGUCCAACCCCACUUCGUCAUCCUCGACUUGGCUGAAAAGCUGUUCAAUCAGCCACGGAUAGUGUCGACUGUGGUGCCUUCACUUUGGCCGAUUUCCGAGUACGAUGCCAGCCAUAUGCUUUGGCACCUCGAAUUCGUGUAUUGUGUUUGGCUUGAAAUUGAGGCGCCCCCUGGAUUUGCGUCUACGUCGCGCACUCCUCUGUGGGCGUCUGCUCUCGACGCGGGUGCAUGUCUGCCAACGUCGCGGCCGAUGUCGCUGACUGUCUGCACUGGGCCGUGCUUCCGCAGCCGGUUUGCGUGGCAGCCGUCUGUCUGCUCUCGCUGUCUGCAUACUGGCGAUGACAGCAUGAGCGAUGACUCUGCCGCCUCAGACAGCGACGAUGACUUCAGGAGCCUUAGCCCAUCCGAGUAA